AUGGCCUCAGCUACUUCUACUGAUGGAAGCGUCGCUAAAGGCGACAAUGGGCUCUUUACCGAACCGUAUCGUGCGUUGAAUCGCGCAUUUCACUUCUCUGAUGAAAACCAAGCUGGAUGGUGGAGAGCAACAGGGCCUAUCUUCGCGAAAUUUCUCCAUGACGGUGGUUAUGAUGUUGGCCGACAAUUCGAGUACCUAGCUUUUAUCCGUGAGCAUCUCUACCCACACCUUGGGCCUGCUUUAGGAACAAGGCGCGUUUUCCCUAAUCCAUCCACUGGGGACCCGGAUUUCGAAUUAAGUAUGAAUUUCCAAAAAUCAAAGUCAACAGCCCGCAUAUGCUUCUUACCAGUUGUCCGGGUUCCGGUAGCUGAUGGCGAGGACGAUUAUCUGCCUUCAGCCACUCCAAUUUUAAAAACACUCAAACCCGCAUUGAACCAUUUUGGAUAUUCCACCACAUUAUAUGACGCUAUGAAACCGCACUUGGAGGCAUCUGACGAAGAAAGGGAUGUGCUUCGGGAAAAGGGCUUCAUUAAAGCGAAGCUUUUUGAGCUACAGACGACAAUGGCGUUUGAUUUUCGCCAUGAGGGGCCACUAGUAGCGAAGGUGUAUAUGUUUCCAACCUUGAAGUCUCAAGUAACGGGAACCCCCGAAUCGCAGCUGCUUCUCGGGGCAGCACGUGCCGCCGACCCGACAGGUCAGGUAUUCCCGGCCUUAUCUUUGGUUGAAGAAUAUUUUGCUACUUCCGUGGGCAAGGGCUUUGGUGAUACCUCAUGCACGGCGGCUCCCUGGAGUAUUUCGUUUGACAUGCUAGAGCCUAAACAAAGCCGCAUCAAGAUUUACGCAAUUGAACUGCAAGUUGACAUGGAUCGGCUUGAGGCACACUGGACUAUGGGCGGCCGACUGAAUGAGCCUGGGCAUUUGAAAGGCCUUGAGCAUGCGAAGGACUUGUUUCGAAGGUUGCAAAUACCUGAGGGGCGGCGACAGAUGGCGAAUGACUAUCCACAUUUCAAGGACCCGACCACUUUGAACCCAUUAGUAGUGAAUUGGGAAUUACAGCCGGGAAAUCCUAUUCCAAAGCCCAAAGUAUACUUUUCCCUUAGGGGUCUGAGCGAUACGGACAAUGCCGCUGCAAUUACCGGGUUCUUUUCAUCAUUAGGAUGGAAGGAUCACGCAGAAAACUAUACGAGAAACCUGCGAUCAUACUUGUAA